AUGAGGACGCCUUCGUCGUCGGUUCUCUCCUUCCUCGCACUGUCGGCGUUCGUGCUCGCCUGCUCGGCGAUGGCGGACGGCGGCCAGCGGCCUGCCUACGAGAAUCCCGUGGAGGGUCUCGACUCCGGGUACUACGCCAAGUCGUGCCCGGACAUGGAGGGCAUCGUCCAGAGGAUCGUCAAUGAGGCUUUCGACGCCGACUACACCGUCGCCGCCGGCCUCAUCCGACUCUUCUUCCACGACUUCGCCGUCGGCGGGUGUGACGCGUCGAUCCUGAUAGACGCGCCGGGGAGCGAGAAGUACGCCAAGUCGAGCAAGACGCUCCGGGGGUUCGGGCUGAUCGAGGCCAUCAAGACGGAGCUGGAGGAGCACUGCCCCCGGACGGUCUCCUGCGCCGACAUCCUCACCGCGGCCACCCGCGACGUGAGCAGGGAGGUCGGGGUGGGGUACUGGCCGCUCAAGUUCGGCCGGAAGGACGGCCGGCAGUCCAGCGCCGCCGCUGCUGACAAGUACGUGCCCAUGGGCCGCGAGAGCGUCACCGACCUCAUCGCCUUGUUCGAGUCCAACGGCCUCAACGUCCGCGAUCUCGUCGUCCUCUCCGGCGCGCACUCCAUCGGCAAGGCCAGCUGCACCGCCGUCAAGCCGCGGCUUUGCAACUCCAAGCCGGACACGCUGGACAGGAAGUACGGAGACUUCCUGCGCCGCAAGUGCCGCCAUAGCGGCUACUUCGCGGAGUACGAGCGGGUGGAGCUCGACGGCGAGACGCCCACGGUGUUCGACAACGUGUACUUCAAGAACCUGGAGCGCAAGAUGGGGCUUCUGGAGACGGACCAGAAGAUGCUGGAGGACUCCCGGACCAAGAGUUUCGUCCAGGAGAUGGUCAGAGAGCCCGAGGAGUUCAAGCACGAGUUCGCCAUGGCCAUGCGCCGGCUCGGCGAAGUGCAGGUGCUCACCGGCAACGAGGGGGAGGUCCGUCACAAGUGCUCCGCCGUCAACAAGCACUGA